AUACUUUCCUUCUCUCUCUACCACCAUUGCGCUGCCUAAAACCAGGGCUUUUCCAACUCGCCUGAGUUUUCAACCCGCCGCUAUUUCAUUCAGUUACCUACAUCCAGGGCUUGCCUUGCCAUACAGGAGCAACUGUAGAAUUCUUGUUCACAAGGCACUUGAGCACCACAUCGCCCAUUUUAUCAUAUCCACUUCAUGCGGUCAAUACAAGCAGCGAUGCGGGCAGACCAGCCUAUUGUCAUUUCGGGUCCGUCCGGCGUGGGCAAAGGAGCCCUUAUCAAGAAGCUUCGGGACACGCACCGCGGAUUGUUUGCGCUUACGGUCUCACAUACCACAAGGAGCCCCCGGCCAGGUGAGGUCGAUGGCGUGGACUACUACUUUGUCUCCGACCCACAGUUCACUGCUCUCGUUACGCAGGACAAAUUCAUCGAACACACAACGUUUAGUGGUUCCAUGUAUGGCACCAGCAGACGAGCUAUCAUUGAUCAAGUGGCCAAGAGCUUGGUUCAAGGGACCAUUGUUCUGUUCGACAUUGACCUGGAGGGUGUCAAGCAGCUACAGGGAAGCCCCGAGAUUCCUGUCGCUCGUUAUGUCUUCGUCGAACCUCCCAGUCUCGAAGAGCUUGAGCGACGUCUUCGGAGCCGCGGCACUGAGAAUGAGGAAGACAUACUGAGACGAAUGGCACAGGCGAAGACAGAAUUGGAGUAUGCAGAUGCAACACCAGGGCUGCACGAUUUGAUCAUUGUUAACGACGACAUGGAAAGGGCAUAUAGAGAGCUCGAGGAGUUCAUAUUUCGGUAGGAACCCAGCUAAGGUCUACGAAAAGAUGUAUAUGCGGACCGAUCGACGCCCGUGGGCCAUCCUAUGUUCUUCGUCAACUUUGACUAGGCGUACCGGCAGCUCGACCUUGGUCUUUACCAAAUGUCCAAUAAUCCUUGAUUAAUAUCGUAAAGCCA